AUGGCAAGCCUAGUUAUUGCAAGUGUUCCCAACGUUACUACCGAUCAGUCUGCUCUUCUUGCUUUAAAAGCUCAAAUUUCUUAUGAUCCUCGCAAUAUUUUGUCAAACAACUGGUCCUCUAGCACCUCUGUUUGUAGUUGGAUCGGUAUCACUUGUGGUUUCCGUCAUCAUCGAGUCACGGCCUUGAACCUUUCUUACAUGGGUCUCAUAGGCACCAUUCCCCCACACGUGGGGAACCUCUCAUUUUUGGUUAGCCUAAGUGUCGAAAACAACAAUUUUCAUGGCUCUAUGCCCAACGAGUUGGCUCGUCUUUACCGGUUGCGACACUUAUCUGUUAAAUUCAAUGAUUUCAAAGGAGAAAUCCCAUCAUGGAUGGGGCUAUUAUCCAAACUUCAAUAUUUGGCUCUAAGCGGUAACAGUUUCACAGGAAAUAUUGCUUCAGAAAUUGGGGACUUAAUCAUGCUCACAGAAUUAUACCUUUACAACAAUAGCAUUGGAGGUACUAUCCCAUCUACUUUGUUUAAGUGCAAAAAACUGAAAAUUCUAUCAUUGUCGGUUAAUAGAUUCAUGGGAAGAGUACCUUUGGAAAUUGGAAACUUAACCAUGCUUACAAAGUUGUACCUUGCAGAUAACAACUUUGAAGGAAAUAUUCCUUCAGAAAUUGGGGACUUAACCAUGCUCACAGAAUUAUACCUUUACAACAAUAGCAUUGGAGAAUUAUACCUUUACAACAAUAGCAUUGGAGGUAUGUUUAGUCAUGCUUUAGUUGAUGGAUCCAUGGAUGUUACAAAGUUAUUCCUUGACUAUAACAACUUUGAAGGUACUAUCCCAUCUACUUUGUUUAAGUGCAAACAACUGCAAAUUCUAUCAUUGUCGGUUAAUAGAUUCACAGGAAAUAUACCUUCAGAAAUUGGGGACUUAAUCAUGCUCACAGAAUUAUACCUUUACAACAAUAGCAUUCGAGGUACUAUCCCAUCGACUUUGUUUAAGUGCAACCAACUGAAAAUUCUAUUAUUGUCGGUUAAUAGAUUCAAGGGAAGAGUACCUUUGGAAAUUGGAAACUUAACCAUGCUUACAAGGUUGUACCUUGCAGAUAACAACUUUGAAGGAAAUAUACCUUCAGAAAUUGGGGACUUAAUCAUGCUCACAGAAUUAUACCUUCACAACAAUAGCAUUGGAGGUAUGUUUAGUCAUGCUUUAGUUGAUUCAUCCAUGGAUGUUACAAAGUUAUACCUUGACUAUAACAACUUUGAAGAUAACAACUUUGAAGGAAAUAUACCUUCAGAAAUUGGGGACUUAAUCAUGCUCACAGAAUUAUACCUUUACAACAAUAGCAUUGGAGGUAUGUUUAGUCAUGCUUUAGUUGAUUCAUCCAUGGAUGUUACAAAGUUAUACCUUGACUAUAACAACUUUGAAGGUACUAUCCCAUCUACUUUGUUUAAGUGCAAACAACUGCAAAUUCUAUCAUUGUCGGGGAAUAGAUUCAAGGGAAUAGUACCUUUGAAAAUUGGAAACUUAACCAUGCUUACCAAGUUGUACCUUGGCCAGAACAAGUUUGAAGGUGCAAUACCAAAUGAGAUUGGUAAUCUACAAAACCUUGAGACCUUCGAUAUCGGUGUCAACAACUUCAAUGGUUCAAUUCCAUUUGAAAUCUUUAAUAUCUCAACAAUAAGAGUAAUUGGUAUGCAUUUGAAUAACCUCUCAGGCCAUCUUCCAUCAAAUGCAGGCCUCUUCCUUCCAAAUCUUCAGUAUCUUUAUCUUGAUUAUAACAAACUGAGUGGAACAAUACCUAGCUCUAUCUCCAAUGCUUCGAAACUCACUAAAUUAGAUCUAGGAGACAACUCAUUCUCAGGCUUAAUUCCUAAACCACUAGGUAAUUUAAGGCUCCUCAAGUGGCUCCGCCUAGCAAGAAAUAAUUUGACCAUUGAAUCAUCCACUCCAGAAUUUAACUUUUUCUCUUCUUUGUCGAAUUUGGCAUAUCUAAAUACUUUAGACUUGUCAGAUAAUCCAUUGAAUGGCGUCCUUCCUAGUUCCAUUGGAAAUCUCUCCACUUCUCUUCAAAAAAUUUACAUAUAUAAUUGCAAUAUUAAAGGCAGCAUUCCAAGAGAUAUAGGAAAUUUAAGCAAUUUGAUGACUUUGUCUUUAUAUCUCAAUAAAUUGGAUGGACCUAUUCCAACUACAGUGGGAAGAUUGCACAAGCUUCAAGCUCUCAAUCUUUUUAAUAAUAGACUAGAAGGUCCCAUCCCAUCCGAUCUUUGUCAUUUAGAGAGCUUGUUCGCUUUGGGUUUAGGUGGUAAUGAGCUUUCUGGACCUAUUCCUGCAUGUGUCUUGAGAGUAUUGGAGUUAUCAAGAAAUCAACUAUUUGGUCAUAUCCCAGCAACAAUUGGUGGCCUCAAAGAUCUAGCUAAUCUCUCCUUGGCGAACAAUAAAUUAGAAGGCUCAAUUCCUGAAUCAUUUGGUGAACUAGUAAGCUUGGAAUUCUUGGAUCUUUCUAGUAACAAUUUAUCUGGAGAGAUCCCCACUUCCUUAGAAGCGCUCUCGUAUCUCAAAUAUCUAAAUGUCUCUUUCAAUAGAUUAGGAGGAAAAAUUCCUGUAGGAGGACCAUUUGUACACUUCUUCGCUACAUCAUUUAUGUCAAAUGAUGGACUUUGUGGUGCUCCCCGAUUUCAAGUUCCCCCGUGUAAAGAAGGUGUUUCCCGAGCCAAAAAGACCGCAUCAGUAUGUAUACUAAAGUAUGUAUUACCAACAAUUGGAUUAACAAUGCUUGUAGUUACUCUUGUAUUAGCAUGGACAAGAUGCAGAAAAAGGAAUACAAAAUUUCCAAUGGAUGCAAACUCGUUACCUGUAACGACAUGGAGAAGAAUUUCCCAACAAGAACUUUUACAAGCAACAGAAGGGUUUAGUUCACUCAACUUACUUGGUAAUGGGAGCUUCGGAUCAGUAUAUCAAGGAACACUUUCAGAUGGAAUGAUUGUUGCAGUAAAAGUUUUCAACUUGGCAGUAGAAGGGGCAGUCAAGAGUUUUGAUACAGAGUGUGGGAUACUACACAAUAUUCGUCAUCGAAAUCUUGUCAAAAUCAUUACCACGUGUAGUAACAUGAACUUUAAAGCUUUUGUGUUGGAAUACAUGCCUAAUGGGAACCUUGAGAAGUGGUUGUAUUCUCAAGACCACUGUUUGAGUAUCUUACAAAGACUAAAUAUAAUGAUCAAUGUCGCAUCAGCAUUGGAAUACCUUCACUAUGGUUCUUCAACACCUAUUGCUCAUUGUGAUUUGAAACCUAGAAAUAUCUUAUUAGAUGAAAAUUUGGUCGCGCACGUUGCUGAUUUUGGCAUUUCCAAGUUGCUUGGUGAUGGGGAUUCUAUGAUACAAACUAUGACUCUUGCUACUAUUGGGUAUAUGGCACCAGGUGAUGUUUUUAGCCUACAACUUGAAUUUACUUGUGUAUUCAAUCUACUCAUUCAUACAUAG